CAAUACCAACAGCAUAGUCCCCCACUGGAUAGCGCGCCGCCUACAGCAGCACCACUUCACCGGCCAUUGAAAACAAAGCUGCGCGGCUUUGCGGGAUCCCGUACAAAACAACGAUUAAACGGAGAAGAAAACACAGGAAAGACAUGGAUUUAAAUCGACUGUAAGACGCCGAGAGUCCCGAGCUUCUCGUCGCGGAUACUGCGACACGACGGGAGCCGAAGGGACGCAGAGAAAAAAAACAACAACAACAACAGCAGCAGACACAAGGGCUUUUUCCUCUUUUCUUCAUUUUUUGUUUUUGCGAGCAGCAGCGCCAUGUUGUUGUCGAAAAACUGGAAUUAAAUAACAGAAUCUCGGUUAAAACGGGUUUAUUUCCAAAGAUACGUAAGAAAACCCCCUCCCUCCCUCCCUUGUACUCACACCCUGCCUGCAGCCGUAGAGCUCGUCUCCCUCGGUGACAUGGCGGAGCAAACUUAUUCCUGGGCCUACUCCCUAGUGGACUCCAGUCAGGUCUCCACGUUCCUCAUCUCUAUUCUUCUUAUUGUUUAUGGCAGCUUCAGAUCCUUAAACAUGGACUUUGAAAACCAAGACAAAGAUAAAGAUGGAACUACCACAUCAUCAGGAGCAUUCAACACAAACAAUGCCAAUAACAGUAUUCAAACCAUUGACUCAACCCAGGCUCUUUUUCUUCCAAUUGGAGCCUCAGUUUCAUUGCUUGUCAUGUUCUUCUUUUUUGACUCUGUUCAGGUGGUCUUCACCAUAUGUACAGCAGUCCUUGCCACAAUAGCCUUUGCCUUCCUACUUCUGCCGAUGUGCCAGUACCUAACUAGACCCUGCUCUCCUCAAAACAAGAUCUCUUUUGGUUGCUGUGGUCGAUUUACGGCUGCAGAACUCCUUUCUUUCUCACUGUCAGUUUUGCUGGUUCUUAUCUGGGUAUUGACUGGUCAUUGGCUUCUCAUGGAUGCACUAGCCAUGGGGCUGUGUGUGGCCAUGAUUGCCUUUGUCCGUUUGCCCAGCCUUAAAGUGUCCUGCUUGCUGUUGUCUGGCCUCCUGAUAUAUGAUGUUUUCUGGGUCUUCUUUUCUGCUUACAUUUUCAACAGUAAUGUGAUGGUGAAAGUUGCCACACAGCCAGCUGACAAUCCUCUAGAUGUACUGUCACGCAAGCUGCACCUUGGCCCCAGUGUGGGUAGAGAUGUACCCAGACUGUCCUUGCCAGGAAAACUGGUCUUCCCAAGCUCUACCGGCAGCCACUUUUCUAUGUUGGGAAUAGGUGACAUUGUAAUGCCAGGUUUAUUACUCUGCUUUGUCUUGCGUUAUGACAACUACAAAAAACAAGCCAAUGGGGAGGCAUCCAGUACAGCCAACAUCUCUGGGCGGAUGCAGAAGGUUUCCUAUUUUCACUGCACGCUUAUUGGGUACUUUGUAGGAUUACUGACUGCCACUGUCGCCUCUAGAAUACAUCGUGCUGCACAGCCUGCACUUCUGUACCUUGUUCCCUUCACAUUACUGCCACUGCUGACCAUGGCAUACCUGAAGGGGGAUCUGCGACGCAUGUGGUCAGAGCCAUUCCACUCCAAGGCAAGCAGCUCCCGGUUCCUGGAGGUAUGAUGGGACACAACCCCAAAACCAGCCAGCGAUGGACUGGCACUAAUAAGCUGCUGAGUGCCCAAGGUUUUGUGUCUUGUGGUUUUGUUUUCUCAUCUCGCCCAAAUGGAUGCUGUCUGGCAUUAAUCAAUAGGAUUGCUUUACAACACCAAGAAGGAAGAAGGUACUGUGGGCAACUAUUGCGUUUCCUUGUUGUGGAACUCUGUGCAGUUCAAAAUCAAUCCAUCAGUUAUCAUGUCCUCAGGACUUGGAGUCAAAAAUAUACCGGGGGGCUUGUAACUGCACAUUUUUUUAAGGAGAAAAUAAAAAGACAUAAGCUGAACAUUUAAUAUGUGCACAAGGCUGCUGCACUGAUGACAGUACCUGCAGAACUCUUGAGGGCAAAAAGGGACCAGAAACUCGUCUUGGAACUUCAGCACAGAAAGACAAGGCAGCCAUAUUUCUCUUCCUCCCUCUUUCCAAUAUUUUGAUUUAUUCUCCUAUUUUUUGUGUGUCAAUGUUUUAUUUUGUUGUGUGUUUUUUUUUUUUUUUUUUUGCCUCCACAUUUUGAGUGAUCUGUCUUGGCAGUAUAUAUUUGCUGUAUUGGAUUCCCUUUGCCACCUAAUCUUGUGUUAAAAUCAAAGAGAUGAGGAUGUAUGCGUGUGUGCUUGGAACCACAGGGAUGUGUGAAAAGUAUAUAUAAAUAUGUAUGUGUGUGUGUGUAUAAAUGUGUAUGUGUGUGUGUAUAUGUACAGGCUAAAAAAAAAAUACACACCUAUACAUACCACUCUGAAAAAAAUCAUACUGUGUACAAGGCAUUAACUGCUGUAAAUUCACGCAUGUAUAGCUAUUAAAUACAGCUUCAUUGUAUACAGCUUGUUCGCUGUCAGGCAGUCCCUGUUCACAAAAGUAUCACACAUUAUUUUAUAUAAAAGACCGCAAAAUGCAUUCUUUGUAUCAUGGUGGGGGUAGGGUGGGAGUAAUAGUAUAAAGUCUGGCAGUAGUCCAUGUCCAGGAUGCAAAUGGUUGCCAUUUCUAAGUUAUUGAAUUGGACUAUGCCUCUGUUUCUUUGUUGUUUUAAACAUUUUACUGCCCGUAAUUUGCUGAGCACAAUCAAAGGCUCUGUAUAAAUUUAGUUUUCAUGCUUGCAGCAGUUUGGUUACUAUACUGUCAGCAGCCUGGGGUACAAGGGUGCUUUUGUAGGAUGUUUGAAGCCACCUACACAACUUUUGCAUCAAAACAAUUAUGCAGACAUUUGAACUUUUUUUUUUUUUGCAACCACGUUCAUAUAAAAUUUUUACUUUGUUAUGGUUGAAUUUUCCUUUUUAUAUAUUUGUAAAUUCUGACAUGGCUGUUGACUGGCAGUGCACUGUCCAGUCAUGACAUCACUUGAGACUUUUGUAGUUAACAGCUUGAAGACCUCAUCUGUCUUCAGCCUGCUUUCAGAUAUAUAAUCCAUACUUGCUGUUUAUUUUCUUAUUAAAACAGGCAUUAUUUUGUUUUACUUAAAUCUACCCAGGUCUGUGGGCACUGAGCUUGGUUAGGGUGGCAUGACCUUGGUGGGUGGUAUCAAGUUGUAUUUGGCAUUCCAGUGUCUAGUGGCACAUUGGUUUGGAUAGUUUAAACCAUCUUCCCCUGAAACAUUCUGUCUUUGCAUGAUCUCCAGCAGGCUACAGAAUAACAGUGUUCAUAUGAGGCCUAGUCAAAGGUUUCAGUGCACAAUGUACCCCACACCCUUCCCCCCGGGUCCUGUCUCUCCCCCAGCCCCUUUCAAUUUGUGUUUAUUUUUAUGGAAGAGUGGUUUCUUUUGUCCCAUUAACUGUAUGGUUUUGUGCUGUAGAUUAGAGGUUCCAUUUUCUACAUACCGACUCGAAAAGAGUUGCUCUAUUCAGCAAUGAAAUGAGUGGACUCUGUAAACCAUUGUGUAGUGAACAUGGAAUCCAAAGCUGAAUUAAAAGAAAAUCAUCAUUAACCUCAUCAGUGAGGAUUCCUUUGUAAAUAAAGAUUAAAUCUAACUGUAA